UAAUCACCACUAUUUGGCUUCACUAAAUUCUUAAGAAGACUGAGGAUGUUCACUUGCGAGCGACAUGGGCUUUGAUUUGCUGGUGUGGCAGACCCUGGAUUCCUGGCUGUGUGCCCCCUCGCUCCCAGACGCGCACGGUAGAAGAUCCUGUGCUUUAAAUUAACGCUCGUUUCUCAACAGUCCUUCUGUCACUUCUUUUAUCUAUGGAUGGUUUGGGAAAUCCGGAGAACCCUGGGUGCUUUUUCUCUUCCGUCAGUUUGGAAUAUUCAGUUUGCUGUUCCUAAAAACGAGGAAUAAAACGAAUUCAAAGAAGUCUGGAUCACCCGGGCUAACGAAUUUCAAUGCUCUCAUUCGCUCUAAGAUGAAGUUAUGGAAGUUUGCAGGAAUCACCCUGAUGCUGCUUGGCGCCACACUCUCUGUUUUAUUCUGUAAAAACAUGAUCCUGGAAGGAGAGGAACACACAUCCAAGUCUUCAUCAUCACUGUCAACUUUUCCAGCACAUCCUGCUAGUCUCCGAAGACAGACCCGAGCAGCAGGGAAGCCCAGCUCCAUCUUGAGAGACAUUACUGCUUUGCUCCAAAGCUACACAGAAGGUGACGUCCAGCAGCUAAUCAGCUCCCUCAUUGACCGACACAGGCCUGACUCAAAAGACCUGAUGGCUAGCACGGCCAAGAGGACUAAAAGGGCAAAGAAGGGCCUGAAGCCUUGCUCCCUCAAAGAGCUGGAAGUCAGCGUAAGUGAGCUGGGCCUGGGCUAUGAAGGAGAGGAGAUUUUGCUUUUCCGGUACUGCAGUGGAAAAUGCCACUCCAGCCGUCGUAACUACGACCUUACUCUGGAGCACAUGAAGAAGCGAGGCCGCGUAAAGAAAGGGAAAGCCAGGCACAAACCCUGCUGUCGGCCCACCGCCUAUGAUGAUGACAUCUCCUUCUUGGACACAAAUAACCAGUAUCACACGAUCAAGGAUGUGUCUGCCAAGGAAUGUGGCUGUGUUUAGAACACUGGCAUGCGGUUUAAACACUUCUGGGCUUGAUGAUAGGACAUGUGCAUAAUGAAACCAGAAGCAAGUUCACAAUUGGGAGCAAGUCCCCGUUUGGUUAUGGUAAAUCACAUCAUUUAAAUUUACAGGAGGCUUGCCCUCCAUUGACAGCCACCGCAAUUUCAAGUUACAGCUGGCAUUUGUCACCAAUUCUAUAAAACUCUGGCAUCAGCUCCAUUGUUCAUAUGAAGGAGCGUAUUACUGAUGGUUAGCAGCAAUUAUUAAGGAAUGUCAAAAACUAGUAAUUGAGCAGUGCAAAAAAAAAAGUGUAAUAAUAAUGACGCAGUCCAUUUUGUUGAGCAAAAAUGAAACUCUGUACUCCAUAUGGUAUAGUAAUUUUUUUUUUUUUUUUUUUACUAGUUUCUUGGGUGUUGGCCACAAAUAAAAUGUUUGGAGUGUAGAGCCUAGAAAUUGGGAGCAUUCCACGUUUAAAAGAAUAACUGAGAAGAGAUGCCCCUUCACAACAAAUCAAACGCUAGCAUUUCGUGCAAACGGUGAUUAAAAAAUGUCCUCGCCAACGUGGAAGUUCGAACGAUUUAUUAGACUGUG